GAGAAGAGGCCGACAGUUCCAGUCGGACACAGAUUCGGUGACACCGCGGAGUCCGACAGCAAAAUAAACCGAACGGAGCGGUAACCAGAGAUUAGCAGCUAACAGCUAACAGGCUGAAUUACUUAUUAAAUAAGAAGCUAAGUGGCUAACAGGCUAAUAUCCGAACAAGUUAGCAGUUAGCUGCAGUAACAUCAACACGACCCGCCUCCGCUUCAACCUGGUCCCGGUCUGACCCGGUCACGGUCUGACACGGUCCCGGUCUGAUCCCGUCCGGCAGCAUGCAGGCGGAGUUCCGGGCCCCCCGUAGACGGCCCCGGGUAUACGAGCAAUACGAGGCUCCGCUGCCAGUGAGCAGCCACUUCCGGGCGGAUCUCAUCAACCAACACGUGCUGGUCUGUGAUCCAGACCACAUCCAGAAGAUCCACAACCAGGGGUUCUUCGGUAAGGGGGUCCUCUCCAGAGCCAGACCGGACCACAGCCUCUCCGACCAAUGGGAGCAACAUGAGGGUUUGUUUCUACCCAUCAUCCCCCAGUCCAGGUAUGAGGAGCUGCUCAGGUGGGCGGCAUCGGCCCUCGCCGCUCAAGGAUUGGAUGAAGAAGCUGUCAAUCAAACCCUGCUCAGACUGUCUCAGCCAGUGGAGAUGGAGGCCGUGAGGAGGGAGGUGGGAGGAGGGGGGGCAGUUAACGGACAUAGGGGGGAGGGGCAGGCGGCGGGGGCGGAGCUAGGUCCAGAGGGUGGAGCCUCUCCCCACGCUAAGAGGCUCCGGCCGGGGUCAGAGGUCGAGCCGGAGGCUGAGAGAAGCUGCAGGUUGGACCCACAAGACCUGAACCCUGACCAGGACCUUGAUCCCAGCUCUGACCCUGAUGGUUUGGUUCCAGGUCCUGGUUUUGUCCUGGUGGUCUCUGACAGUGAGGCAGGAGGGGGGGUCGGGGGGAUGAGGCAGGUGAGGCGGACCCCGUUCUCCCUCACAGAGUACCUGCAGCUCAGCCUGGAGGAGGCCUUCUUCCUGGUCUACAGUCUGGGCUGCCUGUCUGUCUACCUGCACCAGGAGCCCCUGUCAGUCAUCCAGCUGUGGAGGAGGUUCCGGUCUCUGCGGCCGGACUUCGUCAGCUUGUACGCAGCCUAUCACCACUGUCGCAGCAGGGGAUGGAUCCCUAAAGGAGGGGGUGGGGCCAAGUACGGCGUCGACCUCAUGUUAUACAGGAAAGGCCCACCUUUCUACCACGCCAGUUAUUCGGUGGUGGUAGAGCGAGUUGAUGGUGCAUUUAGGGGCUCGGCGUUGCGUCCGUUUUCGUGGCGUUCUCUUGCGGCUCUCAGCAGGAUCACGGCCAAUGUCUCCAAGGAGCUGAUGUUGUGUUACAUCAUCUAUCCAGCCGACCUAUCAGAAGCUGAGCUGGACUCACCUGUGUGUCUGAGCAGACUGAAGGUUCAGGAGGUGAUAGUCAGCAGGUGGGUUUCCUCCAGAGAACGAGCGGAGCAAGACGACAUCUGAUUGGCUGACAGGAGGCCGAUUUCAGAAGGCGAUGAUGUCACAAAGAGACUAAUAACAUGAGAGUUGCAGCAGUGAGGUGAAAGGAGACUGAAUCUGCCUGUUUAAAGAUCUCCGGACAUGUUGUAAGAUACAUAAAAAAUCAUAAUAUGUAUCUAAUGUAUUUGUCCUUAAAAACAACAGUUACCUCAUUAUAAAGCUUCCUCCUCCUGGUAGGGCUGGGCAAUAUAUGGAUAUUAUAGUGAUAUCAGAUAUCAUCUUAGAUUUUGAUACCUUCAUAUCGUGUUUUAAAGGCUGCAUUACAGUGACGUGAAGUCAUUUUCUGAACUUACCAGACUGUUCUGUUAUUUGCAUCGACCCACAUAGUCAUUAUAUCCACAUUACUGAUGAUUAUUUAUCAAAAAUCUCAUUGUGUAAAUAUUCAGAUUCAGACGACUGUAUUUAUCCCAGAAGGGUUAAAUCAGUUCUACAGUUUAUCUGGACACACAAGGACCCCGACCUCCACAGGUGAGCAGCAACAUGUCAGACAGCAGAUCAGCAUCCGGGUACAAGGAACCCUCAGGUGGCCCUGUAUACGCAGCUAACAGGAAGGGCCAAACCAGGAUAAAAACACCCGUUACAGUUCACAUAAGUAGCCUGAUAGCAGUCAGGUAGAGGGAAGCGCCCACACUGCACACACACAAUAUCAUUUGUGAAAGCACCAGUAGUCAUCCCUACAAUACUGAUGCAAUAUCAAUAUGGAGGUAUUGGUGAAAAUGAUUGUGAUAUUUGAUUUUGUCCAUAUUGCCCCGCCCUCCUCCUCCUUCAUUAAAACUGUAAAUAUUGUUGAUU